ACCGCCUCCGUGCUCCUGAUCCGCGGGAUCUCGGUGCGCUCAGACACGCUCGGCUUUCAGACUCGUAAGGACCCCGAUGGCCCCCCACCAGAGGGACUGUGUUAACCAGACGACCAGCUCUGGCUUCAGGCUCCCCUAGCGAAGGCAGGACCCUGCGAACCCGUUCCUGGAAUACCGCAUUGUUUUAUAAUUCGUAACCAGAGAGAAAGGUGAUGAUGAUGCUGAUGCUGCGCCCGCGAUGGUGGAUUUCCCUUUUGUGCGUCUGUGGAUUGAUGCACGUCGGUCACCAGAGCAGCCCUCAUGCCCCAAAUGGAGACGCCUUGUUGAGUUUGAAGGCUCUUCGUGAUGCAGGCAGGUUUGUUGGGAAGGAGGAUACGGUGCCUCUCCGCCUGCUCUACAGCAGACACAACCACAGCCAGAUCACCCAGGAUGAGCUCAGCACCAGGGUUAAAGCCAGCCCCGGCUCCAUACAGUUGAACCAUGUGGCCCAAGCAAGCUUUCAAGUCGAAGCUUUUGGUAGAAAAUUCAUCUUGGAUGUGGAACUGAAUCAUGAUCUCCUGUCUUCGGGGUACGUGGAAAGACAUUUGUCAGAUAAAGGGAAGACUGUCAUCACCAGUGGAGGAGAGCACUGCUACUAUCAGGGGAAGGUCAGAGACAUUCCUCUCUCCUUUGUGGCUCUUUCAACUUGUCAGGGAUUGCAUGGGAUGUUUUUUGAUGGCAAUCACACCUACAUGAUUGAACCUGGAAGACAGAGCAGCAGCGAUGAAGAUGUCCACAUUCACAUGAUAUACAAGUCUGCAGGGCAAGAGGGAUUUAAUGAUCUUCUGAAUGGUGAUCUCCCAGAGCUACCUUUUCCCAGCCCUCCCUUCCCUGGGUCAAAAGUUGUCCACAGGAGAAAAAAGAGACAGGCUUCACAUGCAUCACACAGUAUAGAGGAUGAGACCAAAUACAUUGAGUUGAUGGUGAUCAAUGACCAUUUAAUGUAUAAGAAGCAUCGGCUUUCUGUUGGGCACACAAAUAACUAUGCUAAGUCAGUGGUCAAUAUGGCUGACAUGAUUUUCAAAGAACAGCUUAAUACCCGAAUUGUUUUGGUUGCCAUGGAAACCUGGUCCGCUGACAACAAGUUCAGCAUCGACGAUGACCCCAUGGUGACACUGAGGGAGUUCAUGAAGUAUCGCAAAGACUUCAUCAAGGAGAAGUGUGACUCUGUUCACCUCUUCUCAGGGAAUCGUUUUCAUAGCAGCUGGGGUGGAGCUUCUUAUAUGGGAGGUGUUUGCUCCCUCACUAAAGGAGGGGGAGUCAAUGAGUAUGGGAAAACAGAUGAGAUGGCCAUAACCCUCGUUCAGUCUCUUGGGCAAAACAUUGGCAUUUUCUCCGACAAGAAAAGGAUCCUCAAUGGUGAAUGCAAGUGUGACGAUCGUUGGUACGGCUGUAUCAUGGAUGAUGUUGGCUUCUACCUGCCCAAGCGAUUCUCCGAUUGCAACGUGGAGGAGUACCAUAACUUCUUAAACAGCGGUGGAGGAGCCUGCCUGUUCAACAAACCCAUGAAGCUGCUGGACCCUCCAGUCUGUGGUAAUGGCCUUGUGGAGCCAGGAGAGGAGUGUGACUGUGGGGGCCCAGUGGAGUGUGCCAGAGAAGGAGAGAACUGCUGUAAGAUGUGCACCCUGACUCAAGGCUCAAAGUGUAGCAACGGACUCUGCUGCAAAAGCUGCCAGAUGGAGUUUAUGGGGGUUGUGUGUCGAGAUGCAGUGAAUGACUGUGACAUCCCAGAAAACUGCACAGGCAACUCUAGCCAGUGUCCACCAAAUGUGCACAAGAUGGAUGGCUACACAUGUGAAAAGGACCAGGGCCGCUGUUUCAAUGGAAGAUGCAAAACCAAAGACAGACAGUGCAAGUACAUUUGGGGAGAGAAGGCAACAGCGGCGGACAAGUUCUGUUAUGAGAAGCUGAAUAUUGAAGGUACAGAGAAAGGCAACUGUGGGAAGGACAGGGACACCUGGAUCCAGUGUAACAAACAAGAUGUUCACUGUGGGUACCUGUUGUGCUCAAACAUUUCACCUGCCCCACGGCUGGGAGAGUUGCAGGGAGGCCUGACCUCUUUCUCAGUGGCUCAACACAGCGCUUCUCUUGAUUGCAGUGGUGCUCAUGUGCUGAUCGAUGGAGACACAGACCUGGGAUAUGUGGAGGACGGGACAGCCUGUGGGACAGAUCGAAUCUGUUUCAAUCACAAAUGUGUCCCUGUGCAGCAGUUCAACUUCAGCACCUGCCCCGGGGCCACCGACAAGACCGUCUGCUCUGGACACGGGGUGUGCAGCAAUGAGCUGAAGUGUGUGUGUUACCUGGGCUGGGCAGGAGAGGACUGUAAUUCCACGUCUCCUCUCAGCUACCUUGUGGUGGGACCCACUGACUCAGACUCAGGUAUCACCAGCACAAACAUCAUCAUUGCAGCCAUUGUAGGCUCCAUCCUCUUUCUUGCCCUCAUACUGGCUGUUACAGCCUGGUGCUACAAGAGUUACAAGCAGAAACGCUAUGUUGAGUCUGAGGUUCACCGAAGAUUCUGCCGGCAAAUGCCCCCAGGUGACUAUGUAACAAAGCCUGGGGAUGCAGAUUCCUUUUACAGUGACAUGCCUCCAGGUGUCAGCACAAACUCUGGCUGCAGCUCCAAGAAGAGGUCAGCUUGUCUGUCGCAUCUGCAGAUUUGCACCCUGUCCUUCACUCCCUCCAUCCCAUCCAUUUCUCAGAACAUCUCACUGUUUGGCUUCAGAUCUAAUGGGUUGUCCCACUCAUGGAGUGAGAGAAUCCCAGAUGCCAAGCACAUCUCUGACAUCUGUGAAAACGGGCGGCCGAGGAGCAACUCGUGGCAAGGAAAUCUCAGCGGUAAUCGUAAGAAACUGAAAGGAAAGAAGUUCCGUGCUCGUUCUAACUCCACAGAGACACUAUCCCCUGCCAAGUCUCCCACCUCCUCUACAGGAUCUAUUGCAUCCAGCAGGAGAUACCCCUACCCCAUGCCCCCUCUCCCUGAUGACCAGAGGAAAGCCAACAGGCAGAGUGCCAGGCUGUGGGAGACUUCAAUAUAACAUCAACUCUGCAAAAGACCUUGAGGAACUACAUGUAUCUCUCCUUUUCUAUGAAUGGAAAACAAAAAUGAAACAAUACUGACUCUAAGCAACUGAAGCGAAAGAGAGAGAGAGAGACCCCCACUGGAGUGGAAAUAGAUAGAGGUGUGUGUGUGUGAGUUAGUGAGUACAAGCAUCUCGGAGGCUGUCUAGCCAGAUGUUCAUGGCGAUGCGGAGUGUCAAUGGAGAAACCACAUUCACAUGCACUCCAGGCCAGCUGGAGCUCAGCCUGAGCUAUUCCUGACUGCUCAGGCCUCACCUAUGGGUCUGGAGACCCCACCAUGCCGACCUCCAUACCUGUUCUGAAACCAUAACCCUUGACACAUCCUCCUCAGAUCGGCUCUUAUCAUUCUCACUUCACCACUACAAGCCUCUGAGUUGUUUGAGCUCCUCUCUCGAAGGAGCAGCAGAGCCAGAAGCAGGUCAACAUAUCGCUGGAUUUUCUGGAUCAUUUUGACGCACGCAAAUCACUGUAGAGAUUCCAACACUGUAUGCAUGACACAACCAUGUUU